AUGGAGAAUCCGUCGUCGGAUGGAACGGCUCCAAGGAGGACGUUGAGGAGAAAAGCGAGCCGGAAAAACUACGACGAGAAUGCGAUGGAUGAAUUGAUCGAGGAGCAUUUAGGCGGAAGUUUGAAGAAAAAGUUCAGGACGAAGCAACAACUGGAGAAAGAAACCGAGACGGAGGCUCUGAUAGCCUUAUCCGUCGGCUUCCCAAUCGACGAAUUGCUCGAGGAGGAGAUCCAAGCCGGCGUGGUGAGAGAAUUGGGCGGGAAAGAGCAGAACGAUUACAUCGUAGUUCGAAACCACAUAGUCGCUAGGUGGAGGAGCAAUGUUCGUCUAUGGCUGCUCAAAGAUCAGAUCAGAGAAACAGUGAGUAGCGACUGUGAGCAUUUGAUUUCAGCUGCUUACGAUUUCCUCUCCGUUAACGGAUACAUCAAUUUCGGUGUCUCUCCAUUGUUUGCGCCUUAUAUUCCUGAAGAUGGCACUGAAGGAUCAAUCAUAGUUGUUGGUGCUGGGCUUGCUGGUUUAGCUGCCGCGAGACAACUCGUUUCAUUUGGAUUCAAGGUUCUUGUUUUAGAAGCUAGGAGUCGUCCCGGUGGAAGAGUCUACACGCAUAAGAUGGGAGGUAAGGAUAGAUUUGCAGCCGUUGAGCUCGGUGGCAGUGUAAUCACGGGUCUCCAUGCGAACCCGCUUGGAGUUCUUGCGAGACAGCUUUCGAUUCCUCUCCACAAGGUUAGAGACAACUGUCCUCUGUAUAACACCGAUGGAGGGGUUGUUGAUAAGGUGGCUGACUCCAAUGUGGAGUUUGGGUUUAACAAACUGCUGGAUAAGGUGACUGAAGUGAGGGAGAUGAUGGACGGUGCAGCUAGUAAGAUCUCUUUGGGUGAAGUGUUAGAGACUCUCAGGGUGCUUUACGGUGUAGCUAAAGCUCCAGAGGAGAGGAAGCUUUUUGACUGGCAUCUUGCUAACUUGGAAUAUGCAAACGCUGGGUGUCUUUCGAAUCUUUCAGCUGCGUACUGGGAUCAGGAUGAUCCAUACGAGAUGGGUGGGGAUCAUUGUUUUCUCGCCGGUGGAAACUGGAGACUGAUCAAUGCGUUAGCUGAAGGGUUACCUAUUCUGUAUGGGAAGAAAGUUGACAGUAUCAAGUAUGGAGACGGAGGAGUUGAAGUUGUUUCCGGUGGCCAGAUAUUUCAAGCUGAUAUGAUACUUUGCACGGUGCCGCUUGGGGUGUUGAAGAAGAGAUGUAUCAGGUUUGAGCCAGAGUUGCCUAGAAGAAAGCAAGCAGCGAUUGAGAGGUUGGGGUUUGGGCUUCUGAACAAAGUGGCGAUGCUUUUCCCGUCUGUGUUUUGGGGUGACGAUUUGGACACGUUUGGUUGCCUCAGCGAUAGCAGCAUCGACCGAGGAGAGUUUUUUCUGUUCUACGCAUACCAUACAGUCUCUGGUGGCCCUGCCUUGGUUGCCUUAGUUGCUGGAGAAGCUGCUCAAAGAUUUGAGUGCACUGAACCAUCUGCUUUACUUCACCGUGUCUUGAAAAAACUCAAAGGCAUAUACGGUCCUAAAGGUGUUGUGGUGCCAGACCCAAUACAGACGAUAUGCACUCGAUGGGGAAGUGAUCCUUUGUCGUAUGGGUCGUAUUCUCAUGUAAGGGUUGGAUCAUCUGGCUUGGACUACGACAUUCUUGGUGAAAGUGUGAGUAACAGACUAUUCUUUGCCGGCGAGGCCACGACAAGGCAACAUCCAGCCACGAUGCACGGUGCCUACUUGAGCGGUCUAAGAGAAGCGGCGCGGAUUCUACAGGUCGCAAAUGUUUUUAACAGCAAUACGAAGAAACCUGUCCAACGGUACAGUGGAGUUAACAUGGAUGUUCUUGAAGAUCUGUUCAAAAGGCCUGACAUUGCAGCUGGGAAGCUGUCGUUUGUCUUCAACUCAGUAACCGAGGAUCUGAAAUUAAUUGGAUUGGGGAGAGUUUGUUUUGACGAUCCAGCCAACCAUCUUCAGCUUUACACUAUUGUUUCGUGGGAGCAAGCUCAGAAGCUUCAAGAGUUGGGAGAAAGCAAAAUGGAGUAUCUGAUCAAUGGUCUUGGAUUGAAGCUUAUGGGUGCCAACUCAGUACUAGACGUAGGUGGUUCGUUGAUCAGUAGCAUAGCUAACGCACGCAAAGGCAGAAGCAGGACCCGUGUCGUUACAAAGCAAUAA